ACAGAAUGAAUGAAGAAGGAGAAACGGACACUCUACAGACUCCAGAUAAUCAUCAAGCAAAUCUGAAAUCAGAUUCUGGAGAACUGAGGAGGAGAGGGAGAUAGAGGAAAAUGUUUAGAGUUUUGGGGAAGAGAGGAGCUUCAGUUUCAGCUUUGGUUUCGUCGUCUCUGAGUUUGAACUCAGCUGCUUCAUAUGGAGGAGCCAAUCCAAUAAGGUACUUCUCCGUCGGGGUCCUUCCGGACGGUAUCGAUCGGAAUUCCGAUGCGGUUGUAACGAACUCGACGCUUAUGGAAGGUUUACUGUCUCAGCUCCAAUCCCACAUCAGCAAGGUUCUUGCGGGAGGAGGGGCUGAAGCUGUGAAGAGGAACAGGAGUAGGAAUAAGCUUCUCCCUCGAGAAAGGAUUGAUCGCCUUCUUGACCCUGGCUCUUCCUUCCUUGAGCUUUCCCAGCUUGCAGGGCAUGAACUUUAUGGAGACUCCUUACCAUCUGGUGGAAUAAUAACUGGAAUUGGUCCCAUUCAUGGACGGCUUUGCAUGUUUGUGGCAAAUGAUCCUACCGUUAAGGGAGGAACUUACUAUCCCAUCACUGUAAAGAAACAUCUCAGGGCACAAGAGAUUGCAGCUCAAUGUAGAUUGCCAUGUGUAUAUCUUGUUGAUAGUGGAGGUGCUUUUCUUCCAAAGCAGGCUGAGGUCUUCCCAGAUAGGGAUAAUUUUGGUAGAAUUUUCUACAAUCAAGCCACAAUGUCUGCUGAAGAUGAACUUCAUGCUCUUGCACUUGGGAGGAACAUUAUCAAGAACUUACACUUGGCUGGAAAACAAGGAAUGCUCAAUGCUUUACCAAGUAUAAACCUUGAAUAUAAAGAGCCAUUAUAUGACGCAAAGGAACUUCGUUCAAUUGCUCCAGUGGACCACAAGCAGCAAUUUGAUAUCAGAUCUGUUAUUGCUCGAAUUGUUGAUGGAAGUGAGUUUGAUGAAUUCAAGAAAUUGUAUGGAACUACACUUGUAACCGGUUUUGCCAGAAUUUUUGGACAACCUGUGGGGAUCCUUGGAAAUAAUGGCAUAUUAUUUAAUGAAUCUGCACUUAAAGGGGCCCAUUUCAUUGAACUGUGCACACAGCGUAAUAUUCCUCUGGUCUUCCUGCAAAACAUCACAGGAUUUAUGGUUGGCUCAAGAUCUGAGGCAAAUGGUAUUGCAAAAUCGGGAGCAAAAAUGGUUAUGGCAGUAUCAUGUGCCAAGGUUCCAAAGGUGACCAUCUUAGUUGGUGGGAGCUUUGGUGCUGGGAAUUACGCAAUGUGUGGUCGUGCAUAUAGCCCCAAUUUCAUGUUCCUUUGGCCUAAUGCGAGAAUAUCUGUGAUGGGUGGUGCUCAGGCUGCUGGUGUGCUAUCUCAAAUUGAAGGAGCCAACAAGAAAAAGCAAGGAAUUAAGUGGACAAAAGAAGAAGAGAACAACUUCAAAUCAAAGGUUGUAGAGGCAUACGAGAGAGAGGGAAAUCCUUAUUACUCCACAGCAAGGCUCUGGGACGAUGGAAUCAUUGAUCCGGCUGACACCAGGAAAGUUAUAGGUCUCUGCAUUUCAGCUUCCAUCAACCGUCCUGUGGAGGAUACUAAAUAUGGUGUAUUUAGGAUGUAAGUAAGAUGAUUCCAACCUCCUACAACUACAAGGAGAAGAAAUAACGUAAUGACAAUCUGUUUCACACCCCAUUGCAGUAAAAUGCAUGCUGCUCAUUAAUCAUAAAACAUGUUUCCUACA